UUGACACUUGAAGUCUGCGAUAAGAUUUCCGGCGGACAUAAGUAACUCCGUUCCGCCGUCAGCUCGGCACAUUCAUCGGUACGAAGACACGCGAAGCUGUUUGACGAUAGAACCAGGUGCAAGUUUUUGUUUCAACCAGAAUAACGGACUUCUGAAGAAUCACGAUGAAAGCAGCGAUCAUUGGUGGAGGGAUCAGCGGCCUUGUGGCCAUCAAGGCUUGCCUGGAGGAAGGAAUCGAACCUCACUGUUUCGAGAGAUAUGGCCAACUCGGUGGCGUGUGGGUGUACGAUGAGAAUCUCCGACCAGGUCAGGGGUCAGCAAUCUACGAUUCCCUGACCACCAACUCCAGUAAGGUCAUGAUGGCGUUCAGUGACUACCCCAUGCCCCACGAUAUUCCCCCUUACCCCCGCUACCCACACGUCCUCAAGUACGUCCAAGACUACGCCGCCCACUUCGAUCUCGAGAAACACAUUCAGUACAAGACCUCGGUCCUGCGGGUUGAACCGACGGCUGAUUUCGAGACCACGGGGCAGUGGAGCGUGCGCACGCGCACAGAGGGCUGCGAGGAAAAGGCGGGAGUUUACGACGCGGUGUUCGUCUGCUCGGGCUUGUACAAACAGCCGCACAUCCCUCAAUACCCAGGGCUGGAUGAGUUCCAGGGGCAGAAGAUGCACACAAACGAGUUCAGGAAUGCUGACUCUUUCGGUGGAAAAACAGUGCUGGUGAUGGGAGCCUCCCACUCUGCCGGUGACGCGGCCGCGGAUUUGAGCCGUCGUGCCCGCGUGGUUCACCUGACCAUGAGGCACGGCUGCUGGGUCGUCAGACGCAUGGCCAAAGACAGUACUCCCAUAGACAUGAUGGUCAACCGUAGAAUCAUACAACUUGCUCCCAAGCCUAUUGUGGAGCGAAUAGCAAAUGCCAAAGCAAGCGUCAACUUCGACCAUGACAAGCUUGGAUUACGCGCCGAGGCCGGCCUGCUGCACAGCGAGGUCAUGGUAAAUGAUGAAAUAGGCGACCGCAUCAUGUGCGGUGCCGUCCAGUGCCGACCAGGGGUCAAACGGUUCACCCGCACUGGGGUCGAGUUCGUCGAUGGUUAUAAGAUUGAUAACCUAGAUGCCGUCGUGUUUGCUACUGGGUACGAGCUCGGGUUCGACUUCAUUGACCGCUCUAUAAUUCAAGACAGCUUCGCAGACUUGGACCUGUACAUGCACGUUUUCCCACCCAAACUCAAGCAUCAUACCUUGGCCGUCAUUGGCUGCGUGACGACGCUAGGGGGGCAGCCCCCCGUGUUUGAGCUGCAGACCCGAUGGGCUGCCCGGGUCUUCAAGGGGCUAGUGCCCCUGCCCGAUGUGGACACCAUGAUGGCCGACAUCAAGCGCAGGCGCGAUAUCUUCUAUCAAACCUUUGGAAAACACAGAAUCUUUUUCCCACCUGUUCCCUAUCAGGAAGAAGUUGCAGAGAUGAUUGGCGUAAAGCCACGAUUCACUGAGCUUCUACUGACCAAUCCCAGGCUUGCAUUCCAGGUACUCUUUGGACCAUGCUACCCGGCCAGCUACCGCCUGCGCGGUCCCCACUCUUGGAAGGGCGCCAAAAAGGUCAUCGAGGAAUCAUGGGAUAGCGUCGUCCACGCCACCAAGACGCGGGUACCAAUGAAGCAGCCAAAGCAAGGGGGCGUGGUCACAGCUGACACCACCUUGCUGCGGGUAGGUCUGGCUGCUGUGAUGAUCUUCGUUGCCGUCUGUGCCUUUAUCGUUUAAGAGUCUAGCUGCUAGGAUGACUGAAAGUACAACCGUUGAAGAAAUAUGUGUCUAAGUUCAUCUUGUUGUGUACAUGUAUAACCUUUUUAUUAUCUGAUCACAUACUCAGACUUGGUCCAAGGCAGUAUCAGAAUGAUGGGACUGAAAAAAAGUAAUUUAUUCUAACCGAUAUAUUGACAAAUGCAUGCAAAAAGGAACACAUGUAUUAAAUGCGGCUAUUUUUCUAGAGAAAUUUGCAGCUCUUUCUAAAGGUUAUUUUUACUAGUUAUUUUUCUAUACUAAUGUAGGCUAUUGUCUCUUGUACAUGUAUUGUUCUGAAAUUCAACAGACAAAGUGAUAACAUUAGGUCUCUGAAAAACAGUUACAGUUGUACCAAAAGAAAAGAAUAUACUUUUUUAUAUUUUUAGAAGACUAUGGUAAGACUAGGAAAUGUACAGAUCAAGAAAACUAUCGUUUACAUAAAAAAAAUACACUCAUUUACUAUCUGGGAAAAUAAGAUUAAAGAGUGACGGGUUUCGAUUGAGCUUGAUUGCCGUGUUGCUAGGACUGGACUGUGAUGUUCUUGAUUAAGUAUUCAGAUCGUGAAGACACGAGGUUAUAUACAUGCCAUUUCAUAAAUAAUAUCUUUAAGUUUAGAAGACAAACCUGUGAUCAUGUUUAUAACUUGCCUUUUGGGGGAAGAUUCCUGUAAAUACUUCACGUGUAACUUUGAUUUAAAAUUCAUGCCAUAAUUCAUUUGUAAAUAAAUCUCGUGUUGUCGGGGCUUUCACACCUUUGUAAUUAAUGAUUAAUAAUUGUGAUUAAUAAUUUCUCAAUAUACAACUGUAGACGAUUCUUGUAAAUAAAGGAAUUAAUUUACUAGCUCACCUACCUUUUCAAUUUUUGACCUUUGGUUUUGCUUUUCCAUUUCAUUUGCUCACAAUUUUUCUUAAGAUCGAUCGCAUAAUUGUCGGGGCUUUUCACACCUUUGCAAUAGCUUUCUUGUUACAUUGCACUUGUUAAUAUUUAACUACCUCUCUUUUGAUUAAUAAUAUCUCAAUUUAGAUGAUUCUUGUAAAUAAAGGAAUACAUUUGUUUAACACGUAUUCUGGAAUAAAA